CCUACUCUUCUCACAUGGAUUUCUCCGAGGAAGAGUACAAAGAGAGCUGAGUGCUCGGCAAUAACGUCGCUUCAUAUGACUGGAUUGCAGAUUGAUGAGGAAUCAAUGUUUUUCUUUAUGUGAGUUAGGGUGCUUGAGGGGUGUCUGGGCGGCUGUUUGAUAUUGUACAAACGUAAGAAGAGACGGAAAGUCUGUGUUCUACCUGGCGCGUACAAAAGAUGCACGGAUGCCUUCAUCGUUUUCAGCUUGAUCGAACGAUGGCUCUCCUGGUCGUCCCGCUGCUCCUGCAAACAGGGCUCGUUUUGGGAUCAAACUACGGAUAUGUGGAAUGGUCGGAUAAUGACAAAGACGAGAAGAACACCCAGAUCUUUAGCACCCAAAACAUCAACAGGGAGCCGCCCCACCACCCGACCUAUUACUCGGUACCAGCUACCGAGCGCACGGUGGUGGCGCACAAAAUUGAGGAGGACCUGCCGAGGGUGGUGACGGCUUUCCUGCACACCGGCGACUCCUCGGCGCUGAGGCAGGUUAACUGUUCACGGAGGUACGAGCUGAGCAGUCUGAGAGGCGGCCUGCACGUCGCCUCACACUAUUCCCUGCACAGCAUCCUGGACACUGUAGCGCACGCCACAAACUUCCUGAAUAUGAUCCUGCAGGCCAACAGGUCCAGGGAGCAAACCCUCCAGAGGGACAUCCACUGGUACCACGCGCUGGUUCAGAGCAUCCUCGAGGGGGACCCCAAAAUCCACAGGGCUGUGGUGACCUUCCACAUGGACGCGCCGACGCCGGGCCCCCACGUCUUUCUCCAGGCGACGAGAACCGAGAAGGAGGUGGUGCUGCAGGACCUCUCCAGCUCUGCGCACCGUCACCUGAAGAACAAGAGCCCAGAGUCCGACUGGUAUAAUGAGUUCAGGGACGGGAGGAGACCACACAUGCACAGAAGGGUCCAGGACGCACCGGGCACCAAGAGUGGAAGUUACAUUCUGGACAAAAACCAGAUCAAGUGGUCGGCGCCGUACCUGGAGUGUGAACACGGGGCGUUUGUGCCCUAUUGGCUGCUCACCUUGUCUGCUGGCUUCUAUGGACUGAGGAGCAACUCUGCGCCAGAGUUCAGGGGUGUUGUCCGUGUGGAUGUCAAUCUGCAGGAUGUGGAUAUUGACCAGUGCUCAAACAGUGGAUGGUUUGCCGGGACUCAUCGCUGUAACCUCACCAGUAUGGAAUGCACUCCCAUCGUUGGCCAUGGAUUUGUGUUGGACAAGUACAAGUGCCAGUGCAGGAGAGGAUUUUACCAUCCGAGCCGAGUGGUGCUCAAUGGCUUUAAAAGGAAGGAGCAGGGCUCUCAAAGAGAUGAGACGUCCGACAUUUCCAGCAAGUGCCUGCCAUGCCGCGAGGGCUGCCCCUACUGCCAGGACGACACACCCUGCCUCAUCCAAGAGGACGGCGCUCUGCGACUCGCUGUGGCCUCCUUCCAGGGUCUGUGCAUGGUUCUCGACCUGGCCAGUAUGGUGGUGGUCUACCACUUCAGGAGAAAUAAGAGCAUCCGCACAUCUGGUCUCAUUCUACUGGAAACCAUCUUGUUUGGGGCUUUACUGCUCUACUUCCCAGUGAUGAUCCUGUACUUCAAUCCCAGUGUCUUUCGCUGUAUCCUUCUGAGGUGGGUUCGUCUCCUGGGAUUUGCCGUCAUGUACGGCACCGUCAUCCUGAAGCUGUACAGGGUGUUAAAGGUGUUCCUGUCCCGCACGGCCCAAAGGACGCCUUACAUGACCAGCUGGAGGGUCCUGCGGCUGCUAGUGGUGAUUCUGCUGGUGGUGCUGUGGUUCCUGGUGGCCUGGACCUCUGCUGUAUGCCAGAACCCUGAGCUGAGUCAGGCCCUAAUAUCAGUAGGCCUCACGCCAGAGGGGCUGCAGUUCAGCAUGUGUCUGCUGGACCGAUGGGACUAUAUGAUGGCUGUUGCGGAGUUCCUGUUCCUGCUGUGGGGUGUGUAUCUGUGCUAUGCCAUCCGUACUGUACCCUCAGCUUUCCACGAGCCGCGCUACAUGGCCGUGGCCAUCUACAAUGAGCUCCUCAUAUCAGCCAUCUUCCACAUCAUCAGGUUCUCUCUGGUGCCUGGGCUGCACCCUGACUGGAUGCUCAUGUUGUUCUUCGCUCACACUCAUCUGACUGUGACUGUGACUCUGGGCCUGCUGCUCGCUCCAAAGUUCCUGUCUAAAGGGACUCAGGCCAGGGAUGAUAUCGCCACAGAGGCCUAUGAGGAGGAGCUGGACAUGGGAAGAUCUGGCUCUUACCUCAACAACAGCAUCACUUCAGCCUGGAGCGAGCACAGCCUGGACCCUGAGGAUAUACGGGAUGAGCUGAAAAAGCUGUACGCCCAGCUGGAAGUCUACAAACGCAAGAAGAUGCUAGCCAACAACCCUCACCUCCAAAAGAAACGCAACUCCAAGAAAGGCCUGGGUCGCUCCCUGAUGAAACGAAUUACAGAGAUCCCAGAGACCAUGCACAUUCACCGCCAGUGCAGUCGUGAAGAUGGCAGUGAACAUGGCAGCAAUCGCAGCACCUUGAGGAGAAAUCCAUUUGAGCCGAGCCAUCAUGGCAAACCCCGGGAUGACUCUCUGAAGAACAAAGUCAUAGGCUUGAAGAAGUCCCUAAGCUAUGACCACGUUUGUGACCAGGAUGAGGAAACUGGAAGCCAAACUGGCUCGACAGCAGGAGAUAAAAUGACUCCUGUUGGAGGAGGUGGAGAAGGAUCGCUUCUGGGUUCCCUCAUUAGCCGAAAACAUUCCAAGAAGCCACUGGAACCACCUCCGACCCCGCCGAGACUGGAACCAGCCGAGUCCACCGAAUCUGUUCCACUCUUCUGGAAAUCAGCCAGUGCUCACAACUUAACACAUGAAAAGAAACCCGUCCACCUGCGGACCUCCAUCAUGCAGAAGUCUCUCAGCGUGAUUGCUAGUGCCAAGGAGAAGAUGCCAGGGCUUACCAACAAGACGCAUAGCGUCGAGGAUGCCAGUAAGAAAGGUCUGAAGGGACAGGAGGGGAGGAUGUUGUCAGGUGUGGAUGAGACGCCUGAGCAUUAUCCCAAGAUGAUCAUCAGCCAGUCAGUGGAGUACUCCAAGACACCCAUGAAGAUGGGCAUCAUGAAACAACAGGUGAGUGGCAGCCAGCCAUCCAUUUGCUCUGAGACUGGGAGGAACCUCUACGACGUGUCUGAGGUUUGUCCCUGGGAGCUAGAAGAACCUCAGACCCCCUCUGAGGCAAAGACCCAGAAGCACGUUUCAAUCGCUCCUGGAGAAACCACUGCAGGCCGGAGAGGCAGCGGCUCUGGAAUGACCAAAGGUAGUCGGUCCCAGCAGAGGCAGAAAACAGGGCAGUCGCCUUCCAACAGACGCCGCACCAAAGACAAAGGAGGAGAAAGGGAGGAGGGCAAGGAAACACGUAAAUCUCGCCCACCCAGGUCACCUCUGCCUCUCAAGCCGGAUGUGUGCCCCUGGGAGUUCGAUGAGCAGCCUAUGCUGGGAAGAGAUUCAGAUUCCAUCUCCCCAGACAGGAUCAGGCGUAAAAAGAGUGUCACACCCACUGAUGGAAAACCCAAGGCUCUCCACUCAGACCACUCCAAGUCCACAGGGAGCCUGUUGCAGCCACCCUCCCUGAUGGUAGAGAUCUGCCCGUGGGAUUACACCAGCCCACCCUCGCCUAAGCAGGAGAAGACCUGCAACAGUCCAACCACGCACAAGAAGAAAAGGAAAGGCUCCUGCUCGUCCAACCACAAGGUGGAGAAGGAGAAAGGGAGGGAGAAAAGCAGAGAAAGGCGGAGCUCCUCCAGCAAGCCGCCAUCGGAGAGGAGGCGUGUUAGUCAGUCGUCAGAGUGCGGCGGGCCGGUUUCUGAGCGGCGGAGGAGCUCCACCAGAGACCCAGAGGUGAUGGAGAACAAGAGGGCGGAGGUUUUCUCCCGGGAGGCUGAGCCCUCACACACCAGCUUUGGUCAGACUAAACCCUCACCAGACAGGAAGAAAGAGAGCUCUUUGAGUACUAGUCACAAACCUGCAGUCAUCAGCGGUGCACAAAUGGCUGAUGUUUGUCCCUGGGACUUUCAGGAGCCAGACUCCGGGGAGAAGGCAUGAUGACUGGUGUGACGAUUGUAUUUUUUUGUAUCCACAGAGGACAAAGCAAUGAAAUGUCUCUAUGGGGAGAACCAAAAGAUAAAGAUGUGACAUUGAUAAGAAAGUUUACUCUGGGUCACCUUGGUGUAAGAGAUUUUGCGAGGAAGAACAUUUAUUCUGCUGUCCGUUGAUGCGAUCCAAACAUGAGUAUUUGCUAAAUAACAAAAGUUCUCGUUGUUACAUUGCAGUGAAUGCAACCUUGAAGUCACUUUAAAGAAAUUUUUAGUCUGCACUUUUGCUUGCACAUUUGUCAGAGGUACAUUGUCUGUUUUUAUCACAUCGAGUACAUCAAGGUAAUUUGAAAAUUAAUCAUACCUGUAUUAAACCAGCAGAUCAGACAAUCGUUUGACCACAAACACACUGAAUGCCUCACAUAAUCAGCUUAUUGAAUAUUCACGUAUGUUUUCCCUGUCGAGCUGAUGAAACUGAUAAUCUAUGUUACAUGGUUAACCAGUGGAGUCCGACCGUAUCAGAUACUGAUGAUGCACAAAGAGGCAGCAGGGCAAAAAGACCUUAGGAAAAGAAUGGGAUAUGAGCUCCGUGAAGCAGGACCAAAGCCCCAGACACAGCUGUGAAUGCCUUACCUUUAGGCCAAAUGCAUAAUUCAUGGCAUGAAGAUGAUGUGUUUGAUUAGAGAAACACGGGAAUAACAAAGGAUUGUAGUCUAGCUUCACCUUUAAAUGAAGAAAACUGUAUGUUUCAGUUUAAGUCCUCCAUAUACAGUGCAGUGUGUAUACAUUUUGCAAAAGCCAUUGCAUGUUGCAAACUACCAAGCAUCCAAUAACUAAAUGUUUAUUGGUUAACUUGUACUCAAAUAUGACAGUGGAACUAUUGAUGUUGUUGCCUAUGAUAUUUGUCUUCUGAUGUACCACAUUGAUGCUUUUGAAAUGAUGUGCAUUUAUAUCAAUAAUGUACACGGAUGUUUCAAAUGGCUCACAGUUACAGUUGAGCAGAUAAAAUAUCCAUGAAGCUCUCCCUUCUGUUUACAUUUAUUUACUGUUUACUCCUAUAAAGUGGCACAUUUACUCUGUUUUUGCUAUGGACAUCCCUUCUUUAAAAAAAAAAACACCACUCUUGCAUCACAGGCUGUUGUAUCUCCACGUCUAGAAGGGCGACUUAAGGACCAAACACAAGCCUGAGUUGGGUGGAUGAUGUGAAUAAUGCAUUUUUUUCUCUCACUUAGUUGCCCAUUUUACAUCUGCUUGAAUGCACCUUCUUUCAAAUAUUUGCACACAUUCAAUCGCUAAAACCACAACUAUGCAUGACCAAAGCUUUCUUUUGCCACUUUCUCUCUAAUGGGAAAUGAGUAAUUUACCAUUUCAACAACAUCUCCAACAUCAACAGUCAGCCAUUCACAUAGUAGUCAGCUCAGCGUCUUUAUGGUUGUGUGUGCAUGACUGUGAACAUACAGAGGUCAUGGUACACUAAAAUUCACCUGAAGGCAUUAAAAACAGUGAAUAAAGCCUACUAUGAAAUACUUAAACAGGACUUGACAAAUGUACGCUGCACAUUGGAUUUGUUCAAAUAAAGAUGUCAGAUGUUGUCAUGUAUUUACUAGGAAAGAGCGUCCAGUUUAAACUGUGUGCUAAUCUGUUUUGCAUUAUUCAGGAAACAGCAUCCAUAAAGUGAGAGGCCUGAUAAAUAUACAUGUACCACUACUUCACUUUAUUUAUCGCUGGUCCAACUUUCACAAGCGUUUUUCUACCAGAUGAUUUAAAAUGGAACGUUGUAACUUGCCCACUAAAUGUACUUUAUGCUUGUUAUACUGUAUAGUGUUACUCCAAAAGGUUACAAACUGUUGUA